CCGCCUCCUCUUCCUCCUCCCUCCAGCCGGGGCUGGGCCAGCCCUGCAGGGACCGCCUUGGCUGCUGCUGCGCCCUGCAAGGUGGCCGGCCUGGGCAGGCGUGCAGGCGACCCGCAGCCCCUCGCUCCGGCCUUGGCACCCGGGCAGAAGCCCCCUCUGGCCUGGAUCCGCUGCACCAGCUGCCCCCGGAUGGCUCCAACCAGGUACCUCCACGUGUAAUACUGGCUGCUUCCACCGUUGCGCACGCCAAACCGCGUUCCCACAAACAUGGCGGACGAGGAGGACCUCAUCUUCCACAUGGAAUGCCUCGAUAACGGCAAAGUACCCAAAGCGGCCUCUGGGAAAUACCACGACGGCGACAGUGACGAAGAAGAUGCUUACUACAUCUGCCCGAUAACGGACGACCCCGUCUCCGUCAAGGCCACGAGUGACAAAGUCACCAACUACUACGCCAAUCUGGUCAAAAACGAACAGUAUUCUUCCAGCUCUUCUCCUCGGAAUUCUUUCCACUUCAAGGAAGCUUGGAAGCAUGCCAUCGAGAAAGCAAAGCACAUGCCGGACCCCUGGGCGGAAUUUCAUCUAGAGGACAUUGAAACAGAACACGCCACCCGGUACAGGUACAACGCUGUUACUGGGGAGUGGGUCGAAGAUGAGGUGCUGAUCAAAAUGGCUGCCCAGCCGUUUGGCCGCGGCGCAAUGCGGGAAUGCUUCCGGACGAAAAAGCUGUCCAAUUUUUUGCACACCCAGAACUGGAAAGGGGCCUUCAACUCAUUGGCCAAAGCGAUUUUUUAUCGAGGAACGGUCAACAGGGAGGCGAUCUAUGCCGAGGGCGUGGUGCGGCUCCAGAUGGAGGCGAAGCUGUGGGGCGAAGAAUACAACCGGCACAAGCCGCCCAAGCAGGUGGACAUAGUCCAAACCUGCAUUAUUGAAAUGAAGAACCGGUCCGGGAAGCCCCUGUUUCACCUGGAACACUAUAUAGAGGGCAAAUACAUCAAAUAUAACUCCAACUCAGGGUUUGUGCGAGACGACAACAUCCGCCUCACUCCACAGGCUUUUAGUCAUUUCACGUUUGAACGAUCGGGGCACCAGCUGAUAAUCGUUGACAUUCAAGGCGUCGGGGACCUUUACACGGACCCUCAAAUCCACACGGAGAGCGGCACAGACUUUGGAGACGGCAACCUAGGUGUGCGAGGGAUGGCGCUGUUCUUCCAUUCCCAUUCAUGCAACAAAAUCUGCCAAAGCAUGGGCCUCACGCCUUUCGAUCUCUCUGCCAAAGAGAAGGACGCCUUGUAUCGAAGCAACAAGCUCCUGGAAUCUGCCCGGACAGUUGUGCGAGGCACAGAAGAGAAAUGUGGCAGCGCCCGGGUGAGGACCAUCUCCGGCAGCCGCCCUCCCCUGCUUUUCCGUCUGUCCGAAAAUUCUGGAGACGAAAGCAUGAGCGACGUGGCGUUCGAUUCGUUGCCCUCCUCGCCUUCCUCGGCAACGCCCCAUAGCCAGAAGACGGACAUGCUUCACUGGCCAGUAUUCAAUGAAGUUGACAAUUUGGUUCACAAAGAUCACGAGGGUCUGGACAACCAGAGGGACUCUGAAAAUGGAGGUGAUAGCGGAUAUCCCAGUGAAAAGAGGAGCGAUCUGGAAGACUUGGAUCACCGAGAAAGGGGCAAUUCCAACCUCAACCGAAGGCACGAAUCUGACGAGGACAGUCUGGGAAGUUCUGCAAGGGUCAGUGUGGAGAAAUGGAACCUCUACAACGCUGCCCGAGUUCAUAUCCACAGGCCCUCCUGCGUCACAGUAGAAGUGCAGAGACUCAACGCUCUGGAGGUGGAGAAGAAGAUUGGGAAAUCCAUCCUCGGAAAGGUUCACUUGGCCAUGGUUCGCUACCAUGAGGCGGGCCGUUUCUGCGAGAAAGACCAAGAGUGGGAUCAGGAGUCCGCCAUUUUCCACCUGGAGCACGCAGCCGACUGUGGAGAGUUGGAAGCCAUUGUUGGGUUAGGUCUCAUGUAUUCUCAGCUUCCGCAUCACAUUCUUUCAGAGGUCGAUCUGGAGGACAGCUCAGAAAACAGAACCAAAGGCUUUGACUAUUUACUCAGAGCGGCAGAAGCAGGAGACCGUCCUUCCAUGAUCCUUGUUGCGAGAGCUUAUGACACAGGCGUGAAUCUUGCCCCCGACAGACAGCAAGACUGGAAAAGAGCCCUGCACUGGUAUGACGCAGCCUUGAACAUGACGGACUACGACGAGGGAGGGGAAUACGACGGGACGCAAGACGAACCCCGGUAUCUGCUCCUGGCAAGGGAAGCGGAGUUGUUGACGGCCGGGAGGUUUCAUCUGGAAAAGGACCCACAGAGAGCAGGCGAGCUGUACACGGAAGCCGCGGAAGCCGCUAUGCAAGCCAUGAAAGGCCGGCUGGCCAACCAGUAUUACCAGAAAGCCGAGGAAGCGUGGGCCAUGAUGGAAGAGUGAAACUUGAAUCCAGUUGCUGCUUUUCCUGUAAAUAUCAGGACAGAUAUUUUUUUACAAGACUCUUUUUUUGUUGUUUGGGGGAGGCAGGGGAGAAGGGAGGGGGAAAGCAAAACAGUGAUAGGUAUUUUUAUGCAUUGUUUUCAAUUGAUCUUGUUGCUUGGUUUGCAUUCACGGUUUUUAUCCCUGACUUGACUGCGAACGGAAAGCAAAGGAGAGGCGGUGAAAAUGUCUGCUCUUUCAAAACUGUGCUACUGAGCAUCGCGGUUGUUUUAUGGAAAAAACUGUUCAAACAGAGAAACCCUAAUUGACUGGAAAGCUGUUGAGAGGGUGUCAGUUUUGAUGACAUUCUUUAAAUGCCCGAUAGAAGAUCAUUUCUUCUAUGCGCCUCACCUCCGAGGGGGCAAAGGAUUUGUUUAGAUUUUUUUUGUCAACAAAAGUAUCAAGUUUUUGGCAUGAAACAUUGAUCGGACGGCUUCUGCGGCAGUUCAGAGUCACUGAUGCUUUUGUGCGCUGUGUGAAUACACUAGCAGCUUGUGGGCGUGCUAUAAAUGCACGUGAAUGGCGCAACCUGUGUGGAACGUGUAUUGAUUUGUGGGAUGCUGUACGCAGCACAUACAAAGAAAGCAAUCCCUAAGGCUGUGUUCAGGUUUUCUUUUGCCCCGGGUGCAGGAUCAGCAUACUCUGAGGUGGGGUAUAUGUCGUGGCCUAGGGCAGGGGUCUGCAACCUACGGCUCUCCAGAUGUUCAUGGACUACAGUUCCCAUCAGCCAAUUGGCCAUGCUGGCAGGGGCUGAUGGGAUUUGUAGUCCAUGAACAUCUGGAGAGCCGCAAGUUGCAGACCCCUGCCCUAGGGUGUCUGAAGGGGGUCCACUGCUACCAGCCUUCCCGUUUGUGUACCUCUUCCGCUGCCUGGCCUUCCUCCACCUGCUCACGAGUGUUUCACCAUCCGUGAUUCUAUCCAAACGUGCUGUUCAGCAUGACUGGCGCAUAGCACAAGUGUUGCACAGCAUCUGGUAGUCAUAGUAGACACAUGCUCAGGGGCCCACAAUGCCUGGUGCUGUCAGGUGAAGGGCUUACAGGCAGGAGGGGCCGCUGUGUGUUCCGUGAGAAGGCUCGCUAACAGGGAAAGAAAAGAGGCAGGGACAGAAUGGAGAUGCCAACAGUGCAUAUGGGGGUAGGCAGGGAACCCUCCCCCCAAACCGGGAACCUGCCCUGCUCUGAGGUCUCCCAUGACCUGAGGAAAGCUCUUGAUCCCAGGUUCCUGUGGAUCUGUUCUUCCAGCAAGGCUGUUCCUCCCCCCCCCGCCCCCAGUGGAAAGGUCAUUUGCAUAAUGUAAGACUAGCAUCUAGUGUUGGGAGUGUUUAUUCCACUGGUGGGCCACUCAAGCCCCUUCCACACAGGCAGAAUAAUCCACUUCCAAUCCACUUUGCAGUUGGAUUUUACUGUGCGGAAUAGCAAAAUCCACUUGCAAACAGUGGAUUGAAAAUGCAUUAUUCUGCAGAUGCGGAAGGGGCCCACCAGCGGGACCCAACACGUAGAAUUUCCCUUUGUCUCUGGCAUCUAAGUGGACUUUUCUCUAAAUCUUGGGAGUGUAAAAUACUUUUGUGUCUUAGCUGGUUGCUACAGAAUGGCCGUCUCUAAUUGCUUUGAGAAUGACUCACGUUUACAAGACUAUGCACACCUGAUAUAAUUGAAUUUCUAUGUGUUUUGUUUACUGUACGUUUGUAAUGGAUAAACUUUUGUGAACAUUCUUGCCACGUUACCGAAAUCAACAUGGAUUUUUUUUAAAACAGCCAGAAAUUAAUUUUGCAAAAAUUGAUAACUUUAAUAAGAGAUUAGUAGUAGGCUUAAUGAAGAAGACAAGAACAGGUAAGUUAUUUAGCAAGGAUAAUAUAUUUGCAAAGCUUGCUUUUUCCCAUUUAUUAUGCCCUUCAGAUUGUCGAAUUUUCUUCCUUUACAAAGCACAGUUAAUUUUUGUCACGCUGUUGCAGGGAAUAAUGCUGAACCCAGAACCCCUCAGAUAGCUAUAUUUUUGAUACUUCCUUGUUUUGGAAUGAGUCGUACAUGAAUUAAUAUCUACAGCAUCUCAGAGGCAUGGCUGAAUGACUCAACCCAUAUCAAAUCCCACACACUGCAUUUCUGCACCAUGUUCUCCUUAUCCCCAGGAUUGCAAGGUUUUUAAAAAUAUGUUCAUAUGAUCAGCUAAAAGUCCUGAAGGAAUUAAGACAUAGGUAACUGUUGUUGAAUGUGUAAACUGGCCUUAUAUAGUCUAUGCUGUGCUCUUAAAAGCUUUGUUCAGUGGAAAUUCAGGAGAAUUUUGCUUUGGAGUUGAACCUCUAGGACCUUUCUCUGUCUCACCAUUGGAAGUGUACACAAUAAAACAAGGCUUUCGUUUUAAUUACCAGACCCGUUGUCAAAGGCAAUAGAUUGUGACCCCUGCAAUUAAAGCACAUUCUUUUUGAGGGAGGUGUAUGGUGGCGAAUGGCUUGAAAUGUGUAAGGAUUCCUUUUCUAGUUUGUUAAGAAAUAAAAAAAGUUUUACAAUGAA